ACUAAUCAAAACGAAUCAGCCAUCCAAAAUUUGAAAACCUAUUUGAGAACCAAUUAAAACAGUUAAACCCAGCACUGCCGGGAAUAGGAGUCCAGCUAACACUCUAGACACAGACUUCACACCCACCCCACCCCUCCUCAAUCACAAUUCCCACACUCAUACAGCAUAAUCUAUAUAUUCUACUCGCUCACCAAUUGUUUAUCACUCUCCCCUCUCUCUCUCUCUCUCUCUCUCUCUCUCUCUCUCAUAUCUCACUCAACUUGCAGCUAAUUCAUUAAUGGGCUAUGGACGUCUCGGUUCAUCCGAGCUCGGAUCCUCCCGCCACUAUCCUGACAGCACUGCCGUGGCGCAUGCCACGUCACCUCGUCCUCGCAAUUCUAAGCUUAAAUUUUUGUUUAUCUUCGCAGCUACUUUGAUCGUAGCUUGCGGUGUUUCUGUCGCAGUGCUCGUGGCACUGCGAAAUAAAGCGACGGGAGAUGAUAAUACUGAUCUCCCGUCGCAUCGGAAACCGAGUCAAGCAAUGUCACAAGUGUGCAGGAAGACUCGAUUUCCGAGUUUAUGUGUCGACUCGCUGCUUGAUUUUCCUGGCUCGACCACGGCUUCGAAUACUGAUUUAGUGCAUAUCUCGGUGAAUAUGACACUGCAUCAUUUCGGCCGCGCGCUGUCCGCUUCGGCGGAGAUUAAUAACUUGCAGAUGGACACGCGCGCACGCGCCGCCUACGAUGACUGCCUCGAGCUUCUGGAACACUCGGUCGACCAGCUCUCCAUGUCGCUGACGUCCGUUGCGCCGCCGCCGAACCGGAGGUCUCAGCCGGUCGGAUCCACCGCCGAUGUGAUGACGUGGCUGAGCGCGGCGUUGACGAACCAGGACACGUGUGCGGAAGGCUUCGCUGAUGUCAAAGGUGACGUCAAGGAUCAAAUGGUGGACAGACUCAAGGACUUAUCAGAACUGGUUAGUAACUGCUUAGCUAUAUUUGCAGCGACUAACGGCGACGACUUUAGCGGAAUUCCGAUACAAAAUCGCCGGAGAUUGCUCGAAGAAUCGCCGGCGGCGCGUGAGUUCCCGGAAUGGUUGUCCAGAAGAGAAAGGAGGUUGUUACAAUCGCCUGUGACGGCGAUACAAGCUGAUAUUAUAGUCUCCAAAGACGGCAACGGAACGUACAAGACCAUAGCGGCGGCGAUCAAGAAAGCGCCUGAGUAUGGCACUCGCCGAUUUAUCAUCUACGUAAAGGCAGGAAAGUACGAAGAGCAGAAUUUGAAAGUGGGAAGGAAGAAAACGAACUUGAUGUUCAUUGGUGACGGCAAGGGCAAAACGGUGAUUUCAGGAGGCAAAAGCGUGUUUGACAACGUCACAACAUUUCACACAGCGUCCUUUGCGGCUACUGGUGCUGGUUUCAUUGCCAGGGACAUCACAUUUGAAAAUUGGGCCGGACCUAGCAAGCACCAGGCGGUGGCCCUCCGUGUUGGCGCGGAUCAUGCGGUCAUCUACCGCUGCAAUGUUAUCGGAUAUCAAGACACAUUGUAUGUGCAUUCUCAACGUCAGUUCUACCGCGAAUGUGACAUAUAUGGAACAGUGGACUUCAUCUUUGGGAAUGCAGCAGUCGUGUUUCAGAACUGCAGCAUGUACGCGCGCAAGCCCAUGGACCAGCAGAAGAACACGAUCACAGCUCAGAACCGGAAAGACCCCAAUCAGAACACUGGCAUUUCAAUCCAUGCCUGCAGAAUAGUGGCAACGUCAGAUCUGCAGGCGUCGAAAGCCAACUUCUCAACAUAUUUGGGGCGUCCUUGGAAACUAUAUUCGCGAACAGUUUAUAUGUUGUCUAACAUGGGUGACCAUAUUCAUCCCAGGGGAUGGCUAGAAUGGAACACGACAUUUGCACUCGAUACGUUAUACUAUGGCGAGUAUAUGAAUUACGGACCGGGUGGAGCUGUCGGACAACGGGUAAAAUGGCCUGGCUAUCGGGUCAUCACAUCCCCAGUGGAAGCAAACAAAUUUACAGUUUCACAGUUCAUUUACGGAUCUUCGUGGUUACCUGCCACAGGAGUGGCUUUCUUGGCAGGAUUAUCGGUUUAAAUGGGCAACUACAUUAACAGAAGACUCCCAGCGGGAUCCAGUCCUUUUUAUUCAUUUUGUAUUAUAGUAUAGGUAUAUAAUUAAUUCCUCUGUUGUAUUUUAAUUUUUUCUUCAUAGUUCAAUAAUUCGUCCAGUGAAGAAAUGACAUUCCCUUCUGUAGUAUCCGCCAGGGCAAAAAUUUGUAAUUGGCAACUUCGCUUUUGUGAAUGGAAAAUACAUACUAAUCAAUC